AUGGCGACACGAAAUCGUACAGCAGUUUUUAUAAAACAUCGAGAUUCUCUCAAAUCAACUAGACCAAACGCCGGAGUCGCUCGCGAUCUUGAUCAGGUGGAAAAGGGAUGGGGGACAGGAAGAAAAGGAGGAGGCUAUGUACAACUAACUCGGCUAGACACUGGAGAGAGGCUUUCAGCAGGGACGUCAGGAGCAGCAACCUCGCAACCAGCUGCUUCCGGUGGUCUAGGAAGCCCAGGCCUACCGCCGGUGUGGGUAGACGUGUCGGACAAGAUAAAGGACGAUAUGCAAAAGAUUAGAGGCAAGAUGGGUGAGCUAGCAAAGGUCCAGGCUCGCGCGUUGUUACCGUCGUUUGAUACGGACGAUGCGCGGGGAAAGAAGAACGAGCAUGAGAGAACCAUGGAGGUACUCACGGCGGAAAUCACGCGGUCCUUGAAGACGUGCGAGCAGCGGCUGCAGCAGCUUUCGCGGAAAGAAGCGACGUCAGCGGGGAAUGCUGCCAUUGCGCGCAACGUUCAGGCUGUGCUCGGCCGUGCUGCCGCUGGGGCUGUACUGGGCCGUUCUGCCGCUGGUGGGUCAUCAGGCAGGCUACACGAUGCAUCAUCCAGUGCAGCUCAAGCUGAUGAGGAUGACUACUUUGACCCAUCGUACUCGCCUGCUCAUCUGUCCCUUCUGUUUCUUCUCCCAUUUCACAAUAUACGGUGUCCUCCCCCACUUAACUGCCCUUCCCCUCCCUCCUUCCACCCCCCCUUCUCCACCAUGACCAUUCAACAUCAUCAUCUGAUAGCACUGAUCGUUUGCACGGUUGUCUUGCAGGAGUUUGAGGAGCGGCAGCUGCUGCGAGUGAGGCAGAUGGAGAAUGUGACAGCAGAGAGGGAGAAAGAGAUCCAAGAGAUUGUGCAGUCAGUGCAUGACCUCGCCCAGAUCAUGAAGGACAUCUCAGUCCUCGUCAUCGAUCAGGGAACCAUUGUUGACCGGAUUGACUACAACAUUCAGAAUAUCAGUGCAAACGUUGAUAAGGGGGUUGAGGAGCUGAAAAAGGCUGAGAAGACACAAAAGCAAUCAGCUCUUAUCUUCUGCAUACUCGUCCUCGUGGUGGCGGUCUUGGCUCUCUUUGUCAUUCUCAUCCUCAAGAAGCUCAUAUUUUAA